AUCACGAUCUCCAACAUGCAACCUUCAGACAGUGGAGUUUAUGUCUGUGAUGUCACCAACCCUCUUGACUUUCAGGGAAUUAACCAGGGACUUAUUGUGGCCAACGUGUUAGUAAAACCGUCAAAGCCGUAUUGUAGCAUCAGAGGGACCCCGGAAGCAGAUCACGCCAUCUCCCUUUCCUGCUUCUCUGCUGAAGGGGCACCACCCCCUAAGUACCAGUGGUUUAAACUGGAGGAAGAUACCCUCAAACCUGUGACUGAACAAUACAAUCCAGCUACUGGGCUUUUGGUUAUUGGCAAUCUGACCACCUUUGAAAAAGGCCACUACCAGUGUAUUGCUAGCAACAGCCUUGGUAACAGCUCUUGUGAGAUUGAUCUCACCACAGGACAUUCAGAAGCAGGCAUCAUUGUUGGGGCACUCAUCGGAGCCCUCCUGGCCGCCAUCAUCAUUUGUUUGAUCGUUUGGUUUUUCAUGACGAAGUCCAAGUCCAAGAAAAGAAAAGCGAUAACAAAGGAGAUGCAGCCUAUGACGAAGACACUCCAAAGUUCGGAAUACGAGUCAGUGCCGGCCCAGGAAACUGCCCCCCGAGAAGUGCCUCCAACACCCACAGAGCCUGAAUUGUUGGCCCCCAACCAUGAGGAGGCUGAAGGAGAGGAGAAAUAAGCUGUGACUAAAGACACAGCUGCACUACAGCCAACCCACCGGUAGUGUUUGGAACCGAGUUGCCAUGGAAACCCCCCAUAACAAAGCCUGUGUGUGAUUAUAGCCUAGACAUCCACAUAUUUCCUACUCUGAAUCCCAGGCAAGAGGCUCAAUUUAGCUACCCAAGAAAUACAAGGGCUCCUGCACAAUAUGCUGGCAGUGUGCUAUUUUGCUUAGUUAUAUUUUUCAAAUGUGUAAAGGCAAUUUGGUGGAUGGAGAGAUCCUUGGACCUGUGAGUUCAGAGACUCGGUUUCUAGUCCUUGUUCCGCCAUCAUCUCUACGUGUGACUACGAGCAAACCCCUUCCGUUCUCCAAAUCUCAGUUCCCCCAUCUGUACAACACGAGUGGGAUUGGACCGGGUGACUCCCAAGGGCCUCACCAA